AUGAUCGCCGACGCGGUGCCUGCUGUCACUCAGGUUGUCUUCGCUAUAUGCUUCUGCACCGGCGUUAGUACGUUUAUUCCGAAUUUAGUCGAAACUGCAAAGGAUAUGAGCGUUUUUGUAUCCCAUUUGCUGAUCCCAUCACUCACCUUUUACAACAUCGCAACCCCCCUUAGUGUCGAACUUCUGAAGAAAUGCUCCGUUUUGAUCCUUUUCGCCGCUCUUAUCGUGGUUCUUGGCGUGCUUAUCGCGCAACUUGCCUCGUUCUUUCUCUUCAGGGUGAAAAAUACCGGCAUUCCACGCGAUUUACAGCGUUCGGUACAUUUUAAACUUUUGCGUCGGCGUGGAAGGCGAGAGAGCGAUGACGGGGUUUCGGGGAAGUCGACGCACAUCCUCAAUAUUGUUGUCAACGGAGAGAGGGAAGAGCUGCCUAUUGAACCGCGGGAUGUCCUUGAGCGCUUGGAGCCUCCGGAGGAAGAGUACGAAAAUGAACCAUUUUACUGUUGUGCUAUGACGCUAGCACUUUGUGUGCAGAAUGCCGUGACUAUUCCACUGUCUCUUCUGCAGGCGCUCGCCGAGACGCUACCGUGGAUUGAUUUGGAAGCUGGAACGGCGUAUAUAUUCAUGUACAGCAUAGUUACCAUUUGUGUCGUAUGGGGGGUGGGGCCGGUGCUUGUCAGGAGAGCAAAGAAGACGACAGACAAGCGUCGCAUAAUUCGUGAGCUUAUGGAACAACAACGUAGACUGCAGAACUGUCAUGAGGCGACCACACAGACGGAAGUGUCCUGCACUACUUCCCGCUUAGCUUCACCUACGUUUCCUAUGCUCAGCGACCCACCAGCAAAUGUCGACGGGUCGAGUGGGGAGGCUAGGGCGGGAGGACCCGUUCACAGGUCAGGCGUGGCGCCAGAAAGCUCCACUAGUGAUCGUGGUGCUGCGCGUUACUCAAUAGGUGAAGUAAACCAGUCACAUGAUGCUGCAAGGUGCCCAAUUGUCCUUCUUACCACGACACCAAGCACUUGCCAAAUAUUCGGGUGUGACUUAGUGGAAACGGGUCAAAUACGUGUCAUUUCUCGCAGUCAAUUCGCUCGCGAGGAAGCAGAAGCAAACGCUGGUGUCAGUUGCCUUGGCAGUAGUAUGGCAUGGCUCAAAAGGACGGUUGUUCAGCUGCUAAGAACACCUUCCUUUACCUCCGUAAUUCUAGGCGUUUUUGUUGGCAUUAUUUCGCCGUUAAAGGGUUUGUUUGUUGGGGGAAAUUUGUCUCCAGUUAUGGAUAUUUUGAGCGCCCUGGCAAAGGGUUCGAUUCCGUGUUCCCUGUUCUUAUUGGCAGCAAAUUUUAUGAACCCCAAAGCAACGGUGCCAGCCCCGAAGCCGGUGCGGAUGCGGGACGCCGAGCAGAACACUGAUUUUCCGUUGGAUGACAUUACAGUCAACCGUUCCUUUGCGGAGACCUACUACAGGGAACGCCAAGAUAUUACGUUUGACAUUCACGCUUCCUUCACACCGGCCCAUCUGUCCCAACCAGGUACCGGUUCCGCUGCGGGUGGUAGGGCUGAUUUUGCGCCUUUUGCCACCUCUACUCCAGCCACUGAUCCUCGAAAGGGUUUUUUAACCACGCUUUACGAUAUGUUUUCAUUGAACGGUAUAAACAAAAAUUUUAUGUUCGGCGUCAUUGUCCUUCGUUUAAUCGUGAUGCCUGCUGUUGGGUACGGACUUGUGCUGGCAGUAUUGUACAUUUCACCCUCUAUGCUCGGCGGUGGCAGCUCACAAAACGUCUUACUCCUUGUUUUACUGGGGCAGCUUGCCUCUCCGUCGGCGAUAAACUGCAACAUUCUUUUUGUCGCGGAGCGAUAUAUGCCGCACGUUUGGGCGAAGAUGCUUUUCUUCCAGUACGUGUGCUGCAUUGUGACGCUGACGGGGUGGUACGGGUUGUCAAUUUAUAUAGUUAGAUGA